AUGACUGCACAGAACGAUGGUGACGGCUACGAAGCCGAAAAGGUCGACUCGCAUGCCAAGCACGUCGAAGUCACCGCCGACUCGCAGUUGGCUCACGCCGCCGACCACGAGGACCACGAGACUGGCAUCCUCAAAUCCUUCAUCCGCUAUCCUUGGGCUUCAGCUUGGUGUGUGUAUGCCUGCUGGACCAUCAUCCUCCUCAGUUUCGACACCCAAGCGGCCAGUUCCGUUGUCGGAAUCCCCGAGUUUCGAAAGGACUUUGGUUAUGAGUACAAGGGACAAUAUGUUCUGCAUGCCGUGUGGCAGUCUGCAUUCAAUGGUGCACCCGUUGCCUCUGCGGUCAUCGCUUCAGUUGCCUCCGCCGAGCUUGCCGACUACAUCGGACGUAAGAAGGUCCUCGCUCUUGCUCUCAUCAUAUCCUUCAUUGCAGUUGCCAUCGAGUUCGUGGCUACGACGAACGUGGUCUUCUUCCUUGGUAAACUUCUCAAUGGUGUAAUGGUUGGUGCUGUCGGUACUGUCAUGGUCAGCUACAUCGGAGAGAUCACCCCCUUGGCGCUUCGUGGUGUCUUCACCUGCGGUGUCGGUGUAGCAUACGGUAUUGGCCCUCUAGUCGCCUUCAUUGUCAUCAACUACACCGGACAAGUCCAGUCUCGAUGGGCCUAUCGCACCGUGUUUUGCUGCCAGUUCGGCUUUGCAGGAGUUUCUGCCCUCUUGUGGCCAUUCAUGCCAGAGUCACCAUGGUGGCUCGUGUCCAAAGGAAGGAAGGAGCAGGCACUCAAGAGUCUUCAUAGGCUUGGACACAGGGGUGACGAGGGUAAAGCAAAGCUCGCCCUCAUCGAGCUCACCCUGGAUGAAGUUCGCAAAGAGACUCAGGGUGUGACAUACCUGGAAUGUUUCAAGAAGUCCAACUUGCGCCGCACGAUCAUUAGUAUCAUGCCACUGAUCAUUCAGGCUUUCUCUGGCAUCUCGUUUGUCGCUGGAUACUUCACCUACUAUCUUCAACUUGCUGGCUACUCGACCUCGAUGAGCUACCAGCUCCAGAUUGCUCAACCCGUUCUGUCAAUCGUCGGAAACCUGAUGGCCGCUGCCGUCGUCGACAAGGUGGGACGAAGGAACCUUACCUUCUACGGCCUCGCCAUUCUCACCGCAUUCCUGCUCAUCACCGGAGGUCUGGGAACAGGCACCAGCCAGCCCAUGAUCAAGGGCACUGUAGCCUUUAUUCUCAUCUACAGCUGGUGGUACAACGUCUCCAUCGGAUCGACCGCCUUCUCUCUUCUCGCCGAAACAUCCACGUCGCGCCUGAGAGUAAAGACCGUCGCUAUCGGCUACGCAUCCCAAAACUCCAUCAACGUCAUGUGGCAGUUCGUUAUUCCAUAUCUUUUCAACCCUGACAAGGCCAACUUGGGUGCCAAAAUUGCUUUCAUAUUCUUUGCACUUUGCUUUUUCUCCUUGCUCUACCUCUGGUAUUUCCAGCCGGAGACUGGAGGCCGAUCUUAUGCGGAACUGGACGAGAUGUUCGCAAAGGGCGUUCCGGCCCGGAAAUUCAAGACUUAUAAGACUACGGUCCAACAGCAGAACGAGACUGCUGCUAUGGAAAUGGCUCAUUGA